CCUUUGGUCCUCUGGGCUGUCCUGCCGUCUGUGUCCACCAUGUUUAGAAACAUGUGCAACACCUUUCCAAAGGACUCUGACAGAUGUGGUGAGCCCAAACAUCGCUUCUUCUACAACAUGACCUCCAAGAUGUGUGAGCCUUUCAUGUACACAGGUUGCUCAUGGAACCGCAACUGGUAUUACACAGCAGAAGAAUGCCAGCGCAGCUGUGCGUACGUUGAAAAGCCUGGGUUCUGUCUCCCAAAUCCCAAAGUCGUCCUCUCAGGAUGCCCGAUAGAAUGUACGCAUGACGGAACCUGCCCUGAAGAUCAGAAGUGCUGCUCCUUCGGGUGUGCAUUGCGCUGCACUGCCCCUGACAAAGAUGUUUGCAAGCUACCUCCUAAGACUGGCCCCUGUGAUAACAACGUCCGAAAGUGGUUUUACGACUGGAACGCCAAAAAGUGUCAGAGAUUCAGCUAUGGCGGGUGCCACGGGAACCCAAAUAACUUCAAGAGCCUCAAAGAGUGUCGUCACAGGUGUGUCCGAAAAGGAACUUCCUAACUCCCCC